UAUUGUUCUCUUUGUUUUAUGUGUUGUUGGUCUGUUUUAUCACUUGAGGUAUAGUUGUAUAAGCGGCCUGCAGAGGCGUGACUGUAGAUACGCGUCCGCUACAGUUUAUUUAACCACAGUGCCAUCUAGCGUUUGAUAGAUUACAUUACUUGUCGAAGUAUUUAUGAACAACUUCGCGUAUAAAUUGACCACAAUUUAUUUUAGAAGACCCGACGGUUUGUUACAGUUAUGAGUAUAAUGGUUCAACAUUUUAAUCAUUGUCUACAAAAAUCGGAUCAUAUAGGAGGUUUAGAAGUUUGAAUAGAAAUCUAUCGAAGUAGUAGAAGAUUAAUUAUAAAUAAAUACGCUACAGAAAAAUGGGUUCAUCAAGACAACAAGAUCGAUCUUUAAAUGCUGGUAUAUCUCUUCCACGAUGGAUAAAAGGAAAAGUAGACAACAGGUUUGACUUCGACGAAGGUACAUUCAGUCCACCAUCUCAUGACGAAGGUUUCUUCUGCAUUCAGUAUCCAAAAUCACAAAUUUCUAAUAAAACCACUUAUAAUGAAAGUACAAUUACGACCUCUACAAGUCAAAUUGUAUCCACUAAGCAAUCUCAUUCGCAGUUCAAGGAAGUAAAAAAUAUUGAUUUCAGUCAGCAUCCGCUACCUUGUCAACCAUUUAUACCGAAUGCAAUUAAUAAAAUAAGCAAAACAUUAACGGGAAACAUAAAACCAGCUAAAUCUCAAGGAACUGAUGAUGGAUUUCAUGGUGAACCAGCUCUUUGCGGAAAAUCCAUUGUUCAUGUAGCUAAUCAAAUGAUGUCUAAUAAAUUUAACAAACCACAAUCUUCUGCGACGUCGACAGAACAAGAAAUUAAUUUAAAUAAAGGAAGUAAAUCUUUACCAGCAACACCAUUGGCUUCACCGAUAACCACACCAGAUAGUUCACCAAAAGCACGCAGAAAGAUUCAUUCAAAUCGAUAUUUUACUGGUGCCUUUAUUCCUGAUAAAGAUAAAUAUCAAGGCAGCUGGAUAUUAGCUAGUAUAUUAGGUCAAUCACGAGAAAUUCUAACCUCAAAAAUAGAGGAAGAAGAGGACAGUGGUAUAGAUCUUGCUCCGCCUCAAACAUUAAACAGAAAAAAAUCUAUCUCUUCGCAAAAUCUAACAUAUAUUGGGAAAGAUGAAAAAACGCAGGGGAAAUCAUCAUCCCAGACAAAUAUCUUACAAGCAAGACCAUCGGAAUUAAGAGAAAUGAAUUUUUGGUCUCCUACAUCUAUGUAAACUUGAUUUUCAUUCAGAAUCAUUUUUGGGAUUACACAUCUACUAUAUUUUAA